CGGUGAGCGACCUUGCCGUGAUGAAAUUGCUGGAAGCGGCACAGAAGACGAGCGCACAGCGCAUUAUUCUGCACGGCGUCACUGGCAGAGUGCGUGGCUACGACUACGCUAUUACGACGGCCAGGAACUUUAGCGUGACCUACCGAGGUCGCGGCAAGAGGUUUCUGCGCUACUGCCGCCCCGGAGGGAAGGAUACAGUCGAAGUACACUACAGGAUGUCCGCAAUUUUGUCGACCAUGUGGUGGGAUACAUCCGAUCGCAGUGACGACGAAGAUGAAGAUCUCAGCGGUACGUUUGAAGCCGCCGUGGAAGACGUGGAUAUUUCCGUCCUGUUCGUUCUCCUACGGAGCCGAAGAAAAGGCAGCGUUCGACUGUGCGCCGACGAGGUCGAUAUGAAGAGCAUCAUAGUUCCUACUGUGGAAGCGAAAUCCUUCUUUGGAGAUGUCAACGCGUCACUUCAUAAUGCCGCAGAUGAAAUGUUCUCUAGAGAAGCGGAUAGACUCACCGAUGGCCUGCGAAAGGUUCUAAAAAAGAAUGUUUUCAGCUGUGUCGAGUCCGUGUCUGAAACAAGAUACUAGGAAAUGAA